CUGCCCUUCUUCUGUCCGAUCUUGUUUGAAGGCAGGGUUUAUCUGCUGCAAUUGCUCUGUUCUGCGCUCUUUAUCCUGAACGCGCGCUCCCUUCUUCUGUUGGCUUUGCUGAAUCAGUUUUCUGGUCUUCCCAGUUGUUGAUAUCUUGUCAUCAAGUAUUGGCGGCAAGUGCUCGUCCAUUUGUCGCAAACCUAGUUCAUUCGCUUCACUCAUUCAUAGCGAUUCAACUUACUUUGGACUAACGACACGGGCCACUCGAGAUAUUCGAACUGCACCAUCCAAUCCCCGGGAAACAGUAAGAUACUGGCUGAAGCUUGAUCUAUCGCGUAAACCGAACCCCCACCGCACCGGCUGUUGAAACAAAAUUGUGUAUCAUACUCUCGACCAUCACAAGUCUACAACAUGUUUUUCCUUAAAGAAGAGGUCAAGGUUAUCACCUUGCACCCGUCCUACUUCGGGCCCAACAUGCGCGAGUAUCUCAUCAACCGGUUAAACGAGGAGGAAGAGGGACGUUGUACGGGCGACCAUUUCGUGAUCUGCGUAAUGGACAUGGUUGAUAUUGGUGAAGGACGGGUGCUUCCAGGCAGCGGACAGGCAGAAUAUACGAUCAAGUAUCGGGCAAUUAUCUGGAAGCCCUUCCGCGGAGAGACCGUCGAUGCGAUUGUUACGUCUGUCAAGCCCACGGGUAUCUUUACUUUGGCCGGUCCAUUGUCUGUUUUCAUUGCACGGAAAAACAUUCCUUCCGAUAUCAAGUGGGAACCGAACACAGUACCGCCGCAAUACACAGACCAUGCGGACCAAGUCAUCGAGAAGGGGACCAGUUUACGGCUUAAGAUUCUCGGUGUGAAGCCCGACGUUGCGGCGAUCAAUGCCAUUGGAACGAUCAAGGAAGAUUACCUCGGACCAUUGUAAUGCCUUUUGUGAUGUGCCGUUAACCUCCACCAUUUACCCUAAUGAUUGAUAUCGCGUGACUAUUGAAAGGAUCGUUGAUACCCUUUCCUUACUCUACAAUUUCUCACACAAGAACAACCAUGUUGAAAGAAUUCUGCCUUGCAAGGAGGUGCGCCCAUGGGUAGAAUGAUGAGAGCGCGCCCAAGGCGGGAGUCUUGGGCUUGGAUAUCAUCCACCGGCAUGAUAUCGUGCCUUUUCUUUGCAGAAACCCGCGCAGGCGAACGGGAUUGACUGAUUGCUGCGAAACCAGGCACUAAAUGCACCUGAGAAGAAAAACCACGACGGGGAGGGCAUAGGAUCUCCCAUGCCAGUUAGGAGGAUAGCUAUAUGUGUGUAUAUCUAAGGCGGACACUUCCGAAUUUGGCUUGCCAG